AUGCAUGCGGAAGUGUUCUCUGCUGAUGGGUUCGAGGAACUCGGGGAAACAAGGAUGCGCUUCGUGCAUCAGCAGUUCAACUCCAGUGCUGGAGUUGAAGCUAGCUUUCCUCACGUGGAUGCUCGAAACAAAGGAAUAAUCUUCCCGGCCGGAAGUGCGAAACUUGAUGCCAGUCAUCAUCAUCAGCGGGACCCACCGGCAAUUUCCCGUCUAAAACAGGACCUGUUCCGGAAAAACCUCACAGCUGUGGACUCUCUGUUGCGAUCAGUGCAUGAUUCCACGUCUGGUGGUUUAAAUGCCAGCGAUUCCUCGUCUUCCCUUGCGAAGAUUAAGGAUGAGGAGGAGGCGGCGGUGGCGGCUGCUGCUGUGGACGCCGAGGGUCGUCCCGUGCUGCAUCUGGCGGUGCUCAGCGAAGACGGACAUCGGGAGGCCACCGCCACCAAGACGAUCCUGGCUCGGGGAAUCCCUGAUGUGAACCAGGCGGAUUCCGAAGGACGAACGGCCUUGCACUUGGCCGCUGGUCUGGGAAACGUUGCUGCUGCUGAGGCUCUGGUGAAUGCUGGAGCAGACGUGGCUGCCAAAGACAAUGCUGGCAUGACUCCUUUGGGCAGAGCGACUGCUCAAUGUCAGGUCGAUGUUGUUGCCAAGCUGUUGGAGAUGAUGGACGAAGGCACGCAAGCGGAUCACAUCUUGUCACUGGACAAUGAGAAUUGGACAGCAAUGCACGACGCUGCGAGGAACCAGUGCACGUCACUGGUCAAACUCUUCUUGAAGUACAUCCCUGUGGAACGAAACGAGGAAAUUUUCAGAAAAUCCAAGAAUGGCUGGACUGCACUGAGUCUCGCAGCCCGCUACGGGUUUCCCUCAAUCGUGCGAUUGCUCGCUGCGAGAGCCCCGACUAUGGACGACAUCUAUGCGGGCAAAUCGGAUGGACUCAACGCACUCCACCUGGCCGUGUGGUACGGGCAUAAACGAACAGUGGAGCACAUUCUGGAGGCCACGUUUGGGCCACUUCUGUCGGCGGAGAGCAGCAGCAGCAGCAAGACAAUAAGGAGGACCGAGUACUUGGCCAGGGCCAAUUCCAGAGGCUGGAACGCGUUUCAUUUUGCCGUACGCUACGACUUCCCAGCCAUCUUGGAAUUGCUGAUUGAGCAGCUGGACGAGAGUGAAGCAGCGGAGAUGUUGGUGCGGACUGACGACGAGGGCUGGUCUCCUCUGCACGUGGCAGCCCGAUACGGACACGUGGAAUGCAUGGCCCUCUUGUUGUCCUAUGCCCCCGGAAACGUGGACGCCCUGAAGGAGUACGGAUGGACGCCACUGCUGCUGGCCGUGUUUGCUGGCCACGCCAACGCCACAACUAUGCUAGUCAUGCAGGGCGCCAACGUGUCGAUCGUCAAUGACGACGGCGUCGAUGCUGCUCUUCAGGCUCAGCACACUUGUCCGCAGUGCCUGAAAGCAUUGGAAAUUAGUUCAGCCAUGCGGAAGCAAAACCUUGCUUGUGAUGAAAGAGUGAUGAACCAGCUGGAUGAAGCAUCGUCGCGAAUGCAACUUCCUCCCCAAUUGCAGCAGGAAUUAUCAAAGCAAGCCUCGCCUAAUCCUGCAAAGACGAGUCAGUCAUUCGGUAGCAGCAUCCAACGCUCAGACCCCGCUACGAGCAAGACCACGUCCAACGUCGUCGUGCCUGUUGCGAUCCAGCUACAACAGGCCCUGCUCAACAACGACAUGCAGACAGCCAGGGCCAUCCUCAACAGCACCGCCGCCGCCGGUAACCCAGACGCCCUCUUUGGCGCCGACGCUGCGGUGACGGAAAUGCCGCUGCUGCUCCUGGCCAUCGUCACGGAAGGCGGGCCAACCGAGGGCAUCACCGAGGCCCUACUCAACCAAGGUGCCCCGAUUGAUGUGCUGGACAACGAAGGCAGGACGCCGCUGCAGCUGGCGAGUCUGAGGAAUAACCUGGCCGCGAUGAAGGCCCUCAUUGCAGCCGGCGACGACAUUUACGCCAAGGACGACCGAGGACACACGCCGCUCAUGCUGGCCACGCUGGGCUGCGGCAAACCCUACAAGUUCGGCCUGCCCGACUUGAAGGACAAUCCGUUCAGCGUUCUGGUUGAAGCUGCGGGGAAGAAAGGCGUGGAGUACAUCCUGGAAACUGACAAUAAUCGGCACUCUGCCAUUCACACAGCUGCUUUCAGCUCAUGCACAGGCGCCAUGGAGUACUUCAUGACUGUCAUUCCUGAGGACAGGAAUGAAGAUUUCUACAGAAAGAACUCAGACGGACUGAUCCCACUGUCGCUGGCUGCCAACAACGCGUCUGCAGUGAUGGUCAAGUAUUUGUGCCAGAGAGCCCCCGGGGCGGAAUGGUUGCACAUUCAGAGUGCAGAGGGAGUGACGCCGUUGAUGAUUGCUGUGUCUAGAGGUCACCCGCGACCAGUGCAGUUCAUCAUAGAGCACACGAAUCGCCUGGUGGAGUCGCAGGAGGAGAAGAUCCGACUGUUUGCCCUGACCAACUACCAGGGCUGGACUGCCUACCACUUUGCAGCAGAAACUGGCACUCUGCCCUCUGAGAAGUCCAACAUUUUCUUCCUCAUUCUAGAACAGGUGGAAGACACGGAACGGGAGAUGGAAAUCCUGCUGGGCAAGACGAACAAGGCCCUGACCCCGAUGCACAUGGCUGCCAGGGCCGGGAAAUUGGCGGAACUCAUGCUGUUGCUCACCCAUGCCCCCGGGGGACUCGACCUCAAGACCAACGUCGGCACGACGCCGCUCAUGUUCGCCACUUUCACGGGUAAUGUGGCAGCGGCGUCGCUGCUGGUGCUGCGUGGCGCCGACAUCAAGCUGCAGGACGACGAGGGCGUCACUGCGCUGGACCUGGCGAGGGACCACUGUCCCGAGUGUCUUCCCUUUUUCUUGGAGCACAUCCAGCCAGAGUUCAUCAAUGGGAACCACCUGUGCUUGGCUGCACACGAGCUGGCCCAUGGACACAGCAAUACGCAGGAGCCUCAGCAGCCGUCGACGACGACGACGACGACGACGACCGUCGCUCCAGUUAUUUCUACUACAUCCAGCAGUGGGGGUGGGAGACGACCUGCCUUCCAGCAGCAGCAGCAGUCGUCAUCAACAACAACCCGACCAGCACAAGCAGGAGAAGAAGAAGAAGAAGAGCCGGAACCGGAUGUGCCAUUGUUUCCGCAGUUUUCCCGUCCAUCAUCAAUCACGAGUCGUCCAUCAUCGUCGCUGCAAAGACCGGGUCUCGUGCGACCGGGUGCUGCCUUACAGAGGCCGAUUCGCCCACCGAGGCCAGAAACUAGGCCAGCUCCGUCGCCCGUGGACGAGUAUGACGACUUGGACUUGGAUCGUCCGGCCGUGAUGCCAACACGGCGACCUGCACUGGUUCCAUCACCUUCUGCCAUCCCUACCAGGAGGCCCGGAUUGUUCACCCGACCUACAACCCCAUCAGCAGCUGCAUCAGGGGGCCAGCCGCAGGAAGGAGAGGAGGAGGAGGAAUUCCCCGACGAUGACUACGACCAACAACUGCCAGCGUUGCUCCCAGGGCCAGGCAUUAGCAGUGUCAAUAAUAAUAAUAAUAAGCAGAGACCUCAGCAGCAGCAGCGGCCUUUCUUUCAGCUACCAGAUGAGGACGUGUCUGGAGGAGACUUCCCUUCGCUUCUACCAAAUGUGCCAGCGUCAGGAGUGACACCUGCUGGUGCUCCACCGAAAAGACCCUUCAUCCCCCAGCAGAAGCGUCCGUCAGAUGACGCGGAGAAUUCGCGAAUGGACCCCUUCGACUUGGUACCGCCGAUUCCGAGUCUCUCUGGGAUCCUCGGCUUUGGCAAAGAUCAGCAGAAGGAAAAGGCGAAAAAUCCCACCGAUUUUGGCAGCAGUGACGACGAUCUCUUCAACAACGACUUGAACGGUGGAGAGUUUCCCUCGCUGCUCUUCAACGAUGAUGAUAAUGAAGACAAGGAUAAGACGAAGAAUAAGGGAGGAGCAUCAGCAGCAGUUGGAUCUCAAGAUAAUCCCGCUAAACCUUCAGGGACGAACUCACAGCCGCCUGAACUUGAGGAAGCAAAUGCAGACGGCGAUGGCGUCUUCAACGGGAAUAAUUCGCCGCCAUCAUCUUCAGCCACCUCUGCUCGACCACCGCAAGGGACGCCGAAUAAUGCUGGUGGUGGCGGUGCUGCUGGUUUCCAGCAGCAGCAGCAGGCGACUGUCAGUAAUCCCAGCGCAAACCAAAGACCGCCUUUUGUUGCUGGCGGCGGUGCAAGUAAUGACUGGAAAGCAAUACUCUCUGAUUCGGGAAUCGCAGGACAGAACGUGUUGGAGAUUGACGGA